CAACAUCUGAGCAUACAUCUGCAAAUAAUGACACAGGCGAAGAGUCAAUAACAGACGGUUUUAGAUGGUCUCAUGAAGCUAUCAUGCUUUUAUUAGACGAAUAUCGGCAACAAGAGGGAAAUAUGUAUUCUGGCAAAAUUAUUCAAAAAAAAGCAUGGAACGAAAUUGCCAAAAUUAUGAAUAAUAAAGGAUAUAUGGUUACAGGAAGACAAUGCAAUACAAGAGUUAAUACCAUGAAACGAACGUACAAAGUCGUGAAAGAUCACAACGGAAGAUCAGGAAAUAAUAGACGAACAUGGAAAUAUCUUGAGAUUAUGGAAAGUAUUCUUGGCGAAAAGCCA